CUCUAUAUAUCAUUUUCCAUUUGUUAUAAUCAUCCAUUCAUAUCAUCAUCAUCAUCAUCAUCAUCAUCAUCAUGGCGGAUGCGCCGUUGAUGAACCGGAAGAAAUCACUUGAUCGGAGCGUAUCUCACGUCCACGACGAGCUUCAUUACUUCCGUUCAUGGCUACGGUUAAUGUGCGUCGAUCAAUCUACAAUGGCCACAGCUUGCCUUUCAUGGACCGUAUUCGUCAUUUUCGCAAUCGCUGUUCCUUGUAUCUCGCAUUUCGUCCUCGCAUGUUCUAAUUGUGAUAAUAAACAUAAUCGUCCUUAUAAUUCCGUUGUCCAAUUGUCUCUUAGCGGUAUUGCCGCACUUUCCUUUGUCUGUUUGUCGUAUUUCGUUAGAAAAUACGGUCUUAGGAGGUUCCUGUUCUUCGAUAAACUCUAUAACGAGAGCGAGACCGUUCGAAGUGGAUACACCAUAGAGCUCCAUAGGUCAUUCAAGAUACUGUUUGUAUUUGUUCUCCCCUGUUUCACUGCGGAGAGUGCGUACAAGAUAUGGUGGUACGCAUCAGGUGCGAGCGGGAUACCGUUUCUGGGAAAUGUAAUUGUAAGCGAUACUGUGGCGUGCGUCGUGGAGUUAUGUUCGUGGCUUUAUCGGACGGUGGUGUUCUUCUUGGUUUGCAUCCUGUUUCGUUUGGUGUGUUACCUUCAGAUCCUUCGACUGCAGGAUUUUGCCCAGGUGUUUCAGAUGGAUUCGGAUGUGGAGUCUGUGCUGCGAGAACAUCUCCGCAUUAGACGGCAUCUGAAGAUCAUCAGCCACAGGUAUCGGGCGUUUAUAGUUUGGGCUUUGGUCAUCGUCACCGCCAGUCAGUUUGCUUCUCUACUUUUGACCACACGAUCGGUAUACGAUGUCAACAUCUAUAAAGCUGGUGAACUCGCUUUAUGUUCUAUCAGCCUUUUAGCAGGGCUGAUGAUCUUACUCAGAAGUGCUACAAGAAUCACCCACAAAGCGCAGUCGGUGACUUGUUUGGCAGCCAAAUGGCACGUGUGUUCGACUAUAGAUUCAUUCGACAAUGCAGAAUCCGACACUCCACCAAUAGGUAAUGCUGGUUCUAAUAAUCACCCACUUUCAGAAGAAUCGUCAUCAGAAGGUGACGAGGAAAUUGGAGAUGAGGAAGAUGACCUCGACAAUACAAAGUUGCUCCCGUCGUAUGCACGCAGCACAAUCUCCUUCCAGAAGCGGCACGCAUUAGUGACGUAUUUCGAGAACAACAGAGCAGGAAUAUCACUAUACGGGUUUGUGCUGGACCGAGGAUCUCUUCACACCAUCUUUGGGGUUGAAUUAUCGCUCGUUCUUUGGUUGCUUGGGAAAACCAUUGCUAGUGUUUGAGCUUUUUAAGAGGCAUGAUUCUACUCGGGCAUUCAACAUUCUUCAUUUAUUUGUUUGUACACAUCAUAAGAGAAUAUGGAGAUCAAAGAGAGAUACUUUUUCCUUCAUUUCAUUCGUUUCUUGUAAAAAGUGAUAGGUUGA